UCAGGCAUCUCUGAAAUGGGAGUCUGAGUUUGGAGAGGACUUGCACUGGGUACCUCUCUGUCCACACUGCUGUGAAACCCUUCCACUGCUCAUGUGCUUUCACAAUGUUAAAUAUCAAGCUUUUAGCAAUUUUUUCAGUCUCUUUACUGAUUUGUCUUAAAGGGGCUCGUUCCGAAAAGAUUCAAGCUUUCUGUGAUGACAAAGAGGUUGAGCUAGCUGUGGAUCAUGCCAUUUUAGAAUAUAAUAAGAACCUUACCGGGGGCAACCAGCUUGCACUCUUCCAAAUCAGUGAAGCCUGGAAAGAGGUGAGUGACACGGGGACAGAGAUCUCGCUGCUCUUUCUGGUCAAAGAGUCUGACUGCCCUGUGGGGAGCGACAAAGUCUGGAAACAAUGCGACUAUGUGGCAAACAGCCAGCUGAGGGCCCCCUGGCCAUGCACUGCUACAGUUGUAAUAAAUCAUCAGGAAAAAUCACAGGAUGUUACGUCAGUGAAAUGCGUUGCCUCUGUCGAACCGAAUAUUGUUCCUGAAUUUUAUCUGUGUGCUGGGUGCCCUCAUGAAAUAGACUCCAACAGCGACUCAGUGACAGAAAUACUGCAGUUAGCGAUGGAGAAACUGAACGCCCAGGACAAUUCUUCACACCACUUCAUCGUGUCCGCAGUGACCAAGGCUGUUUCACAGGUGGUCAGUGGGAUCUUGUAUAACAUUGAUUUCGAAAUUCGCCUCAGCAACUGCUCCAAAUCCGAAGUGGUGAACAUAACAAGUGACUGUCACCCUGACGAAGACAGAAACGUUUUCGCCCAGUGCAAUUCUUCCGUUGUUGUUGCACCUUGGAGGCAAACAACUGACCCAACUGUGACCUGUGGACCCCAAGUGCAUGUACCUAACACCUUCGCCAGGAGGCCCCCUGGCUGGUCUCCUUUCCGAACUGCAGCUGUGGCUAUAGACGGUGCCCGGCCUGUAGCACAGCCUCUCCCAGGGCGUCUCAUGCAGCAGGAUGUGCCCAUGAUACGCCUGGAUCGUGGGCUUCACUCCGGGCGUGGACACAGCCCAGGCCAUGUACAGGGUCCUGGACAGAGUCACAGCCGUGGACAGGGACACGGACAGGGACACGGACAGGGACACGGACAGGGACACGGACAGGGACAGGGAAAGGGACACGGACAGGGACACGGACAGGGACACGGACAGGGACACGGACAGGGACAGGGACAGGGACACGGACAGGGACAGGGACAGGGACAUCAAGAGGAAUUUCCACCGUUCCUGCUGCAAGAUCCUGAUGUGUCUUCUGAAGAGUCUUCGGAAGCUACAGGAAAACCCCCUGUCCUGGCCACAGCAGAGUCCCCUGUGCUGGUGGUCGAAAGUGCUACGCAGGGCUCUGGCCCAGGACCGGUGAUCGGUCAGGACUUAACGGAGGCAGGUGGUGUUCCACUGGGGUCAGCUCCCAUUCCAACGAAUCCAACGGCUCCGACGACUGGUCCUGCAAUCUCGCUGGGGUUCCCCCUGCGUGAGACUCCGUCCUUCCACUGCCCCUCCAAGCCAUGGAAGCAAGAGCCCCCCCAGACGAACCCCACAUCGCCUCCUCUAAAUCCCCCCUCCAGCUUCGACGACCUGGACUUGUUGCCCUAAAUAAGUCCCAGAGGCUUCUGUCACUAGACCCUGAUGUACAGUAGGUACUGUGCAUACAAUUAAAUGCUUUCCUACGUUUAUGAUGCAGUACUAAAUCAUCCCAGAAACAUAAAGGAAAAGAAGACCCGUGCCCAGGACUAUAUUUUAUGACGUACUGCUAUUUCACUCUUAUUUGGCUAUGGUGGAUGUAAUUUACCAGUGUUUGAAAGUUAUUAAAAUACACAGUAAAUACCAAA